GUCAUCGCUCCAGUAAAAAACGUAUUGAUAAUUGUGGAAUUUAUAAAUUUUAGUUUUUCUUAAAAAAAUCAAUUUGAAAAACUCACAAAAUGCAUGGACGUUUGAAAGUAAGAACCACCGAAGAGGAAAGAGAACGCAAAAAGAAGGAACAGGCCUUAAAGGUGAAAGCCUACAAGGCCGCUAUGGGAAAAAUCAUGAGCAAGCGAAAGAAUCUAGAAUACGAUGAUGAAAUGUUAAUGUACACCACACCAAUAUUGCAGCGAAAUCCUGAUGUUUCCACACUGUGGAACAUCAGAAGAGAAUGUAUUUUAGCUAAAGUUAAUAAAUUGAAAGAGGAAGAGAAAAAAACGGUGGAUGAAGAAGAAGUGAAAGGCGAUAAUGUACAGGAUAUACAAAAAGUAUUUGAGACUGAAAUUUAUUUAACUGAACAAUGUUUAUUGGUUAAUCCCAAGAGUUAUAACAUUUGGCAUCAUCGUAUGUGGCUGCUGGAACAGGCUCCCCAAGCAAAUUGGCAACGUGAGGUGUUAUUGUGCAACAAGUACUUAAAAAUGGAUGAACGUAAUUUCCAUACUUGGGACUAUAGACGUUAUGUGGUGGAGAAGGCUGAAGUGGCAAAACAAGAAGAGCUGGACUUUUGUACCGAAAAGAUUAAGGUAAACUUUUCGAAUUAUUCUUCGUGGCAUCAUAGAAGUCUGCUGCUGCCGGUUUUGUAUCCCUAUGAGGGAGAAGCUAAGCCUAUGAGGCCCAUGAGUGAAGAAAAAUUAAAGGAGGAAUUAGAAAUGGUUUUAACGGCCGCAUUUACCGAUCCCAAUGACAGUUCGGCUUGGUUUUAUCAAAGAUGGUUAUUGGGUAACUCACAACCAGAAUUGGCUGUAGCAGCUUGCCGCUGUAGCCAAGAUAAAACUGUAGUGGCAUUUACUAAACCCAUUACCUCUGAAGGUAUGAAGCUAAUACUUAAAGGCACUGAUAAUGAAUUUGAAAUUAAACAUUUCAAAUCUUUGAAUAAUAAAAUAUCCGAUACGGUAUUCUACAGUUGUGAAAAAGUAGAAACUCCUUUAGAUUUUCAACAACUAGAGGUGGAAGCCUCUAAUUUUAAAGGUUUAUUGGAAUUAAAAGCUUACAACAAGGAUAAAUACUAUUUCCAUGCAUUGGCCAACACAACUUCCUACACUCCCGAUGUGUUGACUGAACUAAAAUCCCAACUGGAAUCUUGUGAAAGUCUUUUAGAAUAUGAACCCGAUAGCAAAUGGUGUCUCUUGACCUCAGCUUUACUAAUGAGAGCCAUCGACAGCUCAGCAUACCACCAAAAGUCUUUGGAACACUUAAAGAAACUACAACUUGUGGAUCCUUUAAGAGAAAACUAUUAUAAAGAUUUGGCCUCCAAAUGGAUUUUACAAAAAUGUUUACUGCAAUGGUCUCAAAACGAAAAUGCAAUGCCUGCGAAGUUGGAUUUGUCUCAGGAAGAACAAUUGUCGUGCCUUAAAGACCGCCAGUAUUUAGCAAUUGCUGAUGAGAUUAUACUGUCUGAGGAACUAGGCAAACGUUAUGGUGAUUUAAAGACAUUUAAUAAAAUUUAAAUUAAAAUUCCUUAAAAACAAGCUUGAUUCCCUUAGCAAGCAGGUGGCUGGCUGGUGUUUAUGGUAUCAUGUGUAACUUAAUAAAUAAGCUUAAUAUUCCCAAUUUAGUAAACUAUUUAUAUUCCAUUGUAAAACCAAACUUGUAGACAAAUUAUUACUACACUAUUUCCAAAUUAAUAAAUUCUAUUUAAAACUCGGUAAACAA